AUGCAAGAGGUAACGGAGCAAACCGACGGGAAGUUACGUAUCUUUCUAGCGAUGACGAAAAUCCCAAGUGUGCCCAUGUCUGGCAUUCACCCAAUCUGUAUCAUAUCCUAUGAUGGACCCGAGGAAGAAGCCCAAAAACUUACUGCUCCAUUGUGGGAUUUGCAGCCUGUAAUGUCGGCGAUAUCAAUGAAGCCAUUUGCCACCACAACCAAGCCAUCAGGACUCGUAGACGAACCGCCAAAUCAUCAGAACUUCUCGAGUACGAGCGUUUUCAUGCCUCAUCCAUUCGACGUCGAAAUUAUGGAGAAAUUGGUACAAGAAUUCGAUGAUUUUCGCAACAAGCACGGAGAUGCACUUGCACCUUCACGAGUCAUAAUUGAGAUGCGUUCUUACAAGGUUUCUGGUGCAAUCCCCGCAUCGACAACUGCAUUGGCGGCGAGAGAAAAGACGGUUUCUGUCACUAUGGAGGCACAGUAUGAUAGUUCUCAGGUUUCCCAUACGGUCAUGAGAGACGAAAUUAAGAGGAUUAUUGGGCCAGUCAAGGAAGCAGUCAAAAAGCAAGGGUCUGGAAUGUUCACGAAUGCUAAUUUGGGAAGUGGAACGGAAAAGACUCAGGAUAUGUUUGGACAGAACUACGCGAGAUUGAGAGAGAUUAAGAGGAAGUAUGAUCCCGAUUUUAUUUUCAACAAGUGGUAUCCGAUUCCACCAGCAGAACAAAGCUAUAGCUUGAAGCUGUAA